CAAUAGCUAAGCCCAGUGUGGGGAGGAGAAUGAAGAGAAGGAAGUUACAUGCCCUGUGGGUGUUUCCAUUUAGUCACAAAUUAUUUCCUUCUGCUCACUUGGUAGUCUCACUUCUGGGAACCGUGUCAGGCAGAGUGUACAAUGUAGAAGAAGGUGUUUGUUUGCCGAAGAAAGGAGUUCUCACAAUGCCUGCUGUGAAAGUGAAGAACAGAACAGAUCUUCCCACUCUCUGGUUGGGACAAAGUUACCUGAUAAUGAGAUUCAUUCUCCAGCUCUGAAAAUGUGAUUUGGAUCAGCGUCCCAGAGCUGAUCUUCCUUCAGGACAGGACCUGACCAGUGGUAAUGAUGGCUAAAAACUUGAAUGCUGCAGUUUGGACCCUUUUCUUGUCAUGUGCAGCAUAUAAUGUCAUAGCAACAGGAGUCAUACAGGGAUUCGAGUGCUUCACUGACUAUGCCAAAGAGCUGGUUUGUCAGUGGGGGGUACACGCCCAAGUGAACUGCUCCGAGGUAUUUCUCCGCUACUACCAGAACGACGAUCCUACAUCGCCAAAACAGGAGUGUGUCCUUAAGAAUGGAGAAGACAGCAGCAGGAGCUCCACCUCCAAUUGCACUUGUACAAUUCUGCCUGAUUUUUUUGCACGUGGCUUAAGAUACAAGUUAGAACUGGAGUUUAACAGGAGGGUGGUGUGGAACAGCACUAUUCAACCUGCAUCCGUUGUUAAACCAAGAGCCCCAAAACUGCUUGAGGUACAGCAGUGCAAGAACAAUAACUUCAACCUGAGUUGGGAGAACAGCUAUAGUAAAGAACACCUGCUCUAUGGAGAACCGGUGACUUACGAAGUUAAAUAUUGGAUAAAACAACAUCCAGAAGAGGCAACUGUAGAAUGUUUUAGCUACCAAACAACAAGUUUUGAAAUCUUUGCAACCCAGCUAAAACGAGGGUUCAUCUAUGUUGUAAGCAUACGAUGUAAAUAUCCGGAGUACACAGAAACUUGGAGCGAAUGGAGCAACGUUGCUGAAUUUCAGAGUGAUAAUGGGAUAACUUUAGAAGGCUAUCUGCAGAUGGUUGUUCCCAUAUCCUGCUCACUGAUCAUGGCUCUGAUUUUAAUGUGCUACUUCUGUUUCUCCAGAAUUAAGAAGGAAUGGUGGGAUCAAAUCCCGAAUCCAGCCAAGAGCCAUUUGGUCGUAAAGAAAGUCAAGGGGGCUCAGUUUUCAGUCUUGAAGACAGUGCGCAGCAUUGAUGAAAUUAAGGCACCUUUCCCUGACGUGAAACAGAGUCACUUCACAAGUUGUAAGAAUUGUCUGACUCGAGGUCCUUUGCAACAAAGCUUUAAGGGAACAGACAAUAUCGGGAAUACUGAGAAAUCCUGCAUCUGUCUAAAUAAGCCUGAAGAAUGGUUCCCAAAAGGAUACAAUGCUGUUUUAACUCCUGAGACCACUGUGGUUGAAGAGUCUCUUGAAAUCUCUGAGUACUCAACAGGCACCAAGAUAGAGAGCCCAGAGGAGGAUGAAGAUCAGAAACUGCUAUCCCAGUCAUGGGAAAGCAGUGCCAACAGUUUCACAGGGCACAUUGUACAUGACAGUAUGUUGGAAGAUAUGUUUAUUGCCGUUUGCGGGACCAAUACACAUGAUACCCAAGUCCCAGACUUCAGCAUAGUGGAGCUUCCAACCUUUGAGAAUAGCAAAUUGGAUAAUUCAUCACAACAAACUGCAGACAAUAGUGAGGUCCAUGACCAGCUGUCCUGUGACCCUUUCUGCGGUCUUUCCUCUUCCACUGCAAUCCCACAGGAUGAGUACAACUGCAGUGCAGUGAGCCACAUGUCCAUGCGGUCAGAAGACUCCUGUGAAUCUGGUUAUCAGAGCUCUAGCACAGACACGGCUUCUCCCCGGGCAAAGAGUCCUCCUGAUGGGCUGCAUGAAAGCCACAGUCCUGGCAGUUCUGACCCCUGGCACCACGUGUUGGUCUCAAAUCAAACAUUGCCAACUGUCCCUGUCCCUGAGAUCACACAAGGCCCAGCCUACAAGACCUUCAGCAGCCUCCUGGCCACAACCACGGAACCAUGUAACCCAGCCUACAAGAGCUUUGGCAACCUCCUGGCCACGAUCACAGAGUCGUGUAACCCAGCCUGCAAGAGCUUCAGCAGCCUCCUGGCCACAACCACAGAGCCAUGUACCACAGGCUACAAGAGCUUUGGCAGCCUCUUGGCAACAACCAUGGAGCUGUGUAACCCAGCCUACAAAACCUUCAGCAGCCUCCUGGCCCCAGACAAGGAGCCAUGUAAUCCAGCCUACAAGAGCCUCAGCAGCCUCCUGGCCACAACCACAGAGCCAUGUGACGCAGCCUACAAGAGCUUUGGCAGCCUUCUGGCUCCAGACAUGGAGCAGUGUAAUCCAGCCUACAAGAGCUUCAACAGCCUCCUGGCCCCGGGCACGGAGCCAUGUAAUCCAGCCUACAAGAGUUUCAGCAGCCUCCUGCCUCCAGACACAGAGCCAUAUAACCCAGACUACAAGAGCUUCAGCAGCCUCCUGCCUCCAGACACAGAGCCGUAUAACCCAGACUACAAGAGCUUCAGCAGCCUCCUGCCUCCAGACACAGAGCCGUAUAACCCAGACUACAAGAGCUUCAGCAGCCUCCUGCCUCCAGACACAGAGCCGUAUAACCCAGACUACAAGAGCUUCAGCAGCCUCCUGCCUCCAGACACAGAGCCGUAUAACCCAGACUACAAGAGCUUCAGCAGCCUCCUGCCUCCAGACACAGAGCCGUAUAACCCAGACUACAAGAGCUUCAGCAGCCUCCUGCCUCCAGACACAGAGCCGUAUAACCCAGACUACAAGAGCUUCAGCAGCCUCCUGGCCCAGCACACAGAGCUGUAUAACCCAGCCUACAAGAGCUUCAACAGCCUCCUUGCUCACUCCCCAGCCAGUGAUCACCUGGUUCCAAGGAUGGAAGCCAGGAACUCAUCAUUGUCCAUGGAAGAAGCAGCCCAUCGCAUCCUUGGUGACCAAGGAUGCGACAGCAGCCACAAGCCUAAUUUUGACAACACCUGUUCAGAAAACAUGGACUUCCCAUGUCCUCAGGCUCACGCAGCUGACAGGCCUUUGCCUUUCCUGCCAGCAACAGAAAAGUACAAGCAAUUCACAAGCCAAAAUGUUCCAAGCAAAACAGAUGUGAUUUCCUCCUCCCCUAGAUCUAAUCCCUCUAGUUACCAGCUUUCUGACAUCACCACCAAGCACAGUAAUGCCAACGGUGACAAUGACAGCAAGGCGAUGCUUGAAUCACCCUAUAAACCCUUUACUAGCCUUUUGCACAGCAACCUCAAAGAAACACUUCCAGGAAUCAUGGUUUGUGACUCUGACCUGGAGAGAGGGGAGGGCACACAUCAUACCUCACACAGUAUUGACUCAGAUGUUGCUGUGAGCUGUGCCACUGGUCUGAAUUCCAGAGAGGAUCUCGCACAAGACAGCAGGAGCAGCCCUUGGAUGAUCAGUUCCAGUGAAUCUUCUCCACAUGGCGAACAUGAAGACAGUGUGGAAGAAGAAACAUUCUUACAUUCUUUGGGUUCCAGCUGUCAUGGCUGCAAAAGCACAAGGACAAGCACAGAGGAGACAGAAAGUGGUCCUGCUGACUCUACGGGUGAAGAGGUGCCAGAAAGCAGCAAUAACAUGUGUCCCACUCCUAGGUGCCUCAAACAUGGUCAUUUAAGGAAGCCAGGAAAUGCAGGAGAAAGUAGAGAGAUGUUCCAGAAUGCUGUGAGUGUGAGCUGCAGCUGUGCAGUUAACACAGAAGAAGAAUCACUGAACAACAGAAAUGUACCUAAGUCACCUUUAGAAAGAAAUCAAACUGCAGAGCUUCUGGAACUCCAGAGCCCAGGAGAGUUCAUACUAGGUGGCCUUUUUGUGGAUGGCUUCUGUCCAGAUUUUGGCUGCCUUCACCUGGAGCCAUCCACAAUGACACCUCUUGUUAAAAGAGCUCAGAUGGAACUCAUGAGCAAGAGCACCAGCAUGGACCAGGAAAUGGUGAAACUUGCACAAGCCCUUGCCCAGGAAGGCAAUUGCUAUAUGAAGGUAGCCUAGAUAAGCAUAGCAAGGCAACAGCCAAGUUAGCUGUUGGGAAUAAACUGGGGGGCAAAUGCUUGUGUGGGCUGCCAUGUCCACAGCUGCUCAAAAGUUGGUCACCUGACGGCUUGGGCUCUUGAAGAUAGCUAGUUCACAACCCUCCCAGGGAAUAAUGACAACACAACAGAGACUGAGUGAGAGUCUGCCAGGCCUGAUCCUGACCCUACAAGUAGCAGCUGCAUGGGCUACAAGCUCCUGUUCAGUCUAGCUACUGCAAGACUAUUCUGGCCCUGUAUGUUUCCAUGGGAACCAUGGACACUGCAGCCCAGAUUCGGAUGUGGCCGGAAAGUGGUUUCAUGUGCAGAAGAGCUACAAGAAUAUGCAGUUAAAGUAGGGGGUCGCUACCUUUCACUGAUACAUUCAAAUGCCCUCUGAUCAGCUGAUUUUCAGGGGAUGCAGGGGGAUUGUGGCUGACCCAGCAUGGGAAAGACGGCCAUAGAAGUAUCCUCUCAUGCUCUGAUGCUGUGGCUGGUGCUCUGUAGCCUCAAGCGAUGAUAGCAAUGAGCCGGGUUCUGAUCAUGGAGGUGGUGGUGUCACUCCACAGUCACUCUGCUGAAGUCCAUGGAGUUACUUCUUUAACCAAACAUCUUUAAAUGACACAUGUGCAGGCAGCUGGCCCAGCGUGGGGUCCAAGCUUCCUCAGCUCCAUGUGUUCCACCAGCUUUGUGUACCCUGGAAAUGACGCUUGUAACUGAGAUGGCAUAUGCCCCCUGCUAGAUAAUGAUUCCCAGAGCUUCAGCUUGGACUGUGACCUCCAUCAGUGCUGUGGUAUCACUGUAAAUUCCACAGGAAGGACUUUACCAUGGGGACAGUGAUACAAAACAGUUCAUGAGCUGCAGCAAACUGUAUUUUUUAUCUCGAGCCAGCUCAUGUUGCUCAAAAAUUCUGUUCCUACUCCCUCUGUAAACACAAAGGGCAAGCCAGCUCAAAGAACAUACCUGCUGUCACUGUUUAACUCUUCUCUAGAAGCACCUCGUCCUUUGGCAUCCUCGGCAAACCCCAGGCAAGGUUGCCAGUGCCCCAGCUACAUCUCUGCUGUGAUGAUAAGGGGGAGCACAGACUCAGGAGAGCACUUCCCAGUGAGGUGCACGUACUCAGAUGUCUAUGUUUGUGCAGGCAUCGCUACUCAGACAGCCACCUGGAAGGGAACAAACGUCACUGCUCAUUGUUAACAUGGUGAGGGCACAUUAAAGGUCUUGACCAGAAUUCCCAGG